AGUAUUUAUAGUGAGACGUCCUACUAACUAAUCCACGCGGUGUGUCUAUUAGCAGUUCUUGUUAUAGCAAACCAUCCUGUUACUACACUGUGACAGCUACAAGAAGGGUAUUCGUCACUCAGCAUAGCCUGUAACAGUUUACAGAUAAGUGAACAUGGCAACUGAACAUUUUGACUGUUAUUACUGCAAGGAGAAUCUUCUCGGCAGCAAAUAUGUCUUGAGAGAGGACAACCCAUACUGUGUCAAAUGUUACAACACUCUCUUUGCCAACAACUGUGAAGACUGCAAGAAACCCAUUGGUUGUGAUUUCAAGGACCUUUCCUACAAGGAUCGCCAUUGGCAUGAAGGAUGCUUCAAGUGUGCUAAAUGUGCCAGGUCCCUGGUGGAAAAACCUUUUGCUGCUAAGGAUGAACUCCUUCUAUGUACUGAAUGCUACUCUAAUGAAUACUCCUCCAAAUGUUUUCAGUGCAAGAAAACCAUCAUACCUGGUACACGUAAAAUGGAGUUCAAAGGAAACAGUUGGCAUGAGACCUGCUUUUCCUGUAAACGUUGCCGUCAGCCAAUUGGAACAAAACCGUUUAUUCCCAAGGACAAUGAUAGCUACUGUGUACCAUGUUUUGAAAAGCAGUUUGCUUAUCACUGCACCUCCUGCAAGAAGGCUAUAACUACUGGUGGAGUGACCUAUCAUGAUCAGCCUUGGCACAAGGAGUGUUUCCUGUGCACUGGAUGUAAGAAACAACUUUCUGGGAAGAGAUUUACAUCCCGAGAUGAGUUCCCAUACUGCCUUGACUGUUUUAGUAAUCUCUAUGCCAAAAAAUGCUUCAACUGUACCAAAGCCAUUAGUGGUCUUGGUGGUGCCAAGUAUAUUUCGUUUGAAGAAAGGCAGUGGCACAGUGAGUGCUUUAACUGCAUGAAAUGUUCUAUCUCACUGGUUGGCAGAGGAUUCCUUACACAGAGAGAUGACAUUCUGUGCCCUGAAUGUGGCCGCGGAAUAUAAAGAUGAAUAUAUGAAGACUGGGGCUGUGUCAUUUCAACUUUCAUUACAGUUGCAAUCAAUGUUUAGAAAAAUCAAGAACUGAUAUAUUUACCUAGAAAAAGCAUUGUUAUAUUUUAGCUGCAUUUUCUCAGCUGCUUCAAAUGUAUUACAUAUAUUAAGGCUUUCUUUUCAGAAGAUGAUGCAAAUGCUAUCUCACUGAAAGUAGGAUGAAUCACCUAGUGCAUUUCAGUUUUAAAAAUCGCUAUGCAUAUUUAGUUGUGUGUGAUGUAUCCAAAAUACAAGGUAAGAAACAAAUAAGUACAGUAUUUAGACUUUGUUCCAUUUAUGAAAUCAAAACUAAUGAUACUCAGCAUGUUUCCAUAACAGACAAAAGUGAUAUGCUAAUGGUAUGCAUUUUUUUCUGAAGACAUUGCUUAAAUUUGCGACAGUUAACUCUGUGAAGUUAUCUAGUACUACAGAUGCUACAAGCAAACAGCAAAGCUUUGUGUAUAUUGAUACAUGUUCAAAGCACUUUUGAUAUACAAGUUACAUAGCAUUAUUCACCAAGUUUCGUUUGCAUUUUCUAGGCAAGAACAGACUAUAUUACACUGCAUAUAAACUAUGCUUAUGGGUAAGGGUAUUGUUUUAGUUUUAAUUAUGGAGGAAUGCUUAGAUUCGGCAAUACCUAUACACAAAUCUGUCUCUUCCUGGAUAUGAACUGGUAGAGAUCAACAGGAGAUAAGUUGUAAAAGAUGCAUGCUUCCAUCUCAGUCUUGGAACAGUUUAUCAGUUUGGAAACUGUAGGUGAGGUACAAUAUGCUGUUUGCCAUUCACUACACCUUACCAUGUUACCUGCUUUGUAUUUGAGAUACUUCAACGUACUUACGUCUGUGAGCCAAUCCCUUACAUCAUGAGUCAUCACCUAACCAAUAGCAUAUACAACAUCUUCCAUGAUGGCAUUUGCCAGAAUGCUUUGUGUUAACCAGUCUUAGGACAUUAUUGUACACCAGAGAAUAGAAAAUAACUGCCUCUAAUCAUCUCCAAGACCUAGGAUUAAGUCUAAAACUUUGUUAUCUAACUGGAAUUGUUAUCCCCUCUUCUGUCUACCUCUCUCUUUUGGGUAUUCUGGUUAACUGUCAUUUCUUAAGGACAUACUACUUAGGCUGACUGGCUAAUCUAAAUUACCAUUAUUCAUCUUGUAAUAUGGAACGCUUCUCAAGUCACACUUGUAAAGGAGUUUUUGGUACAGGGGCAUUUACCUGGUCUGCCUAAAUAAAGUAACAUAAAUAAGUAAAUGAAUGAAUGCAUCUUGGAAGAUAUUGUGAAAAACAGAAUAAAUAUAUUCUUGUAAAGCUGA